UUUUUUUACAAAGAACUUAAUGAAGUGCAAUAACGAGAUUUACAACAUUCGGUGUCGGAGCGAAUUUGUCGGAACUAUUUUGCAGUGGUUCGGUUGAAAUGACGGUUACGACUAAUUUCUCGAUGAUGCGACCAUGUUUCACUGGAUAUUCCUUUCAAGUUAUGGAAGCGAUGAAAGGAGGAAGUGUACCGCUUGUUGCAGACAUAGGUUCAAUACCGGGUCAGGGCCGUGUAAAUCAGCUUGGUGGUAUCUUCAUCAACGGACGACCGCUGCCUAAUCACAUCAGAUUGAAGAUAGUUGAAAUGGCUGCUGCUGGGGUCAGACCGUGCGUUAUAUCAAGACAAUUAAGGGUGUCCCAUGGGUGCGUUUCGAAGAUCCUAAAUCGCUAUCAAGAAACUGGUAGUAUCAGGCCUGGAGUCAUCGGCGGCAGCAAACCACGUGUGGCCACGCCGGAGGUGGAGGCGAGAAUUGAAGAGUACAAACGUGACAACCCGGGUAUGUUCUCAUGGGAAAUAAGAGAUCGACUGAUCAAAGAGGGCAUCUGCGAACGGACCAGCGCUCCGAGUGUGUCCGCAAUAUCUCGACUACUCAGGGGUCGCGACUCCGAAGACGACGUUAAACUAGGUGACGGAAAAACGAGUUCUGGAUCCGACUGCGAGAGCGAACCAGGGAUUACACUGAAAAGAAAACAGCGCAGAAGCAGAACGACUUUCACGGCUCACCAAUUGGAUGAGUUGGAACGAGCAUUUGAGAAGACUCAAUAUCCUGAUAUCUACGUCAGAGAGGAACUUGCCCAGAGGACAAGAUUGUCAGAAGCUAGGAUUCAAGUAUGGUUUAGCAAUAGAAGAGCUAGACUACGGAAGCAUAUCUCUUCGUCAACGUCUACUGGAUACGUCAGUUCUGUAGCUUAUCCAACAAGCUAUGUUAUUCAUCCACCGGCACCGCCUUCUCACGCAGGAGCUGCUGUGCCGCCAGGUCAUCCGCAUCAGCAUCCGCAUCCUCAAAGUCUGCCAGAUGCGUCAUUCUCUUCCGGUCAAGUUUCCGAAUUGUAUUCAUCUCAUGCAUCAGUGACUCAUCAAUUGGAACCAGCGACACGACUAUCAUCGACCGUUGGAUCGACUUCGACUUAUAGCUUCCCGGCCACAGUUACUUAUCCCAAUCUAUCCGUAUCGUCCAGCUAUCAGCAAACAAGUAAUCAACAACUACCGCCGACUGCGAACUCUCUCGUCACCAUGAUGGGACCGAAUUCAGGCAAUUCGACAUCCGCUCCCGAUCAAUUAGCUUCGUCGGAACUCCCUAUCAGCUCGGUUUCACCUCCUCAACAGCAGCAGCAGCAGCAACAACAACAACAACAGCAACAGCAAACGCAACAGACUAACCAAGGAACUACAUCACCAUCCUGGAAUCUUGCAAUAACGGCUAGCGGCAGUAGAGUCAAUCUAUCAAGUCCUCCAACAAGUCUGCAACAAUCUCACGUCUAUAGCGCACACCCGCAAGCUUUUGCUAGCCCUUAUACUGUGCAGAGUUUUCAACAACCACCUAGGCCAGCGCCACAGACCUUCUGGUAUUAAAGUAUGAAAUAGUUAAAAUAAGAAGCAUCAAACGCUUCUUUUUUGCGAAGAUAAAAUUUUUUAUCGUUAUUAUUGUAUCAAUAGUUAAUAUUCAAAGGAGACUGUUUACAUUAGAGAUGGUUUCUCUUAUUUUCAUUUUUGCAAUGAAAAUUCAUU